GUUCAGAGGGUGAUCGAGGCCCGCAGCCAAGGGAGUGAUGUAGGCAGUGCAAACGGUUCAUGUUCUUCUCCUGCCACGUUCAUCCCACAAUAUUUCAACAUCGACAACUUCAGCACGAACGACGACAGGAAGUCCAAAGGGAUAUCUCGUUUUGAGGCUCAGCCGUUCGUGGACAAUUUGGUGGCUAAGCUUCCCGACCUUCUGAAGCCCAAAGUGAAGGACUUUGAGAUCUUCGGCCCCCGCUCAAACCGAGUCCGGGUGUAUGUGGUCCCUCCGUACGCCACCGAAAUCGCUUUGAAUUUCAGGGACUUCCUCGCCGACCCUGAGCUUUACUACAAGGGCCGGCAGCUUUGGACCGUCGUUCAGAAGUCCCCCGAAGAGCAAGCGAGGUACGAAAAGAUCGGGAAGGCCAAGGCGUUCCUCGAUGAGAAGCUCAAGAGCAACAACGCCAACGCUUACGCUGAAUGUUCUUAUUCCCCGUACUGGAUUUUGUAUGCCGUCAACGGGGACACAGAGGUCGAGAUGGGCACCAUCGACUCCAAGGGCGACGUCGCCUGGAACGAUGUCAACACUGGUGCCGCCUUCGGUCUCGACGGGGAGGGAAUGACGCAG